AUGGGUUCUGCCGUCCUUCCUCAUCUUCAAACCGCCUGGCAUGUCGACCAAGCUAUCCUCAGUGAGGAGGAUCGGCUUGUGGUCAUUCGAUUUGGCCGAGACCACGACGUCGACUGCAUGAGACAGGAUGAGGUGCUUUUCAAGAUUGCCCAAAAAGUGAAGAACUUUGCUGUGAUCUACCUCUGCGAUAUUGACGAGUGCCCCGAAUUCAACGAAAUGUACGAGCUUUACGACCCGAUGACAAUUAUGUACUUCUACCGAAACAAACACAUGAUGUGCGAUUUUGGAACUGGUAACAACAACAAACUCAACUGGGUGCUCGAGGACAAGCAGGAGUUGAUCGACAUCAUCGAAACCAUCUACAAAGGAGCCAAGAAGGGACGAGGUCUCGUCGUUAGCCCGAAAGACUACUCCACCAGAUACCGUUACUGA